CUGCCAUAGCUGCUGCCGUUGCCGCAGCGGCCGCCGAGCUGAAACCGCCGAGCGCGAUGCCUGAAGGCACUCUGAGUGCUGCGGUCCCCGGGCCCCGGGGCUGGCCAGUGAGAGGGUAUACUGGAAGAUCCUGUGGAGUGGAAAGGCAGUACUGCUGUUGAGACGAAUCCCAAGAUUGGGCCAGGAACUGUCCCGGGGCUCCUCAUCAUGAUGGCCGUGGAGGGGUCAACCAUUACCAGCCGGCUCAAGAACCUGCUUCGAUCCCCAUCCAUCAAACUACGCAGGAGUAAGGCAGGAAAUCGGCGAGAGGACCUCAGCUCCAAGGUGACCUUGGAGAAGGUGCUUGGAAUAACAGUGUCUGGAGGCAGAGGACUUGCCUGUGACCCCCGAUCCGGUUUAGUUGCCUACCCAGCUGGGUGUGUGGUCGUGCUGUUCAAUCCCCGGAAACACAAACAACACCACAUCCUCAACAGUUCCAGGAAGACCAUCACUGCCCUUGCCUUCUCCCCUGAUGGCAAGUACUUGGUCACUGGAGAGAGUGGGCACAUGCCAGCAGUUCGGGUUUGGGAUGUGGCUGAGCGUAGCCAGGUGGCAGAGCUGCAGGAGCAUAAGUAUGGUGUGGCUUGUGUGGCCUUCUCCCCUAGCGCCAAGUACAUUGUCUCCGUGGGCUACCAGCAUGACAUGAUUGUCAACGUCUGGGCCUGGAAGAAAAACAGUGUAGUGGCCUCCAAUAAGGUGUCCAGUCGGGUGACAGCGGUGUCCUUCUCUGAAGACUGCAGCUACUUUGUCACUGCAGGAAACCGACAUAUCAAAUUCUGGUACCUUGAUGACAGUAAGACCUCAAAGGUGAAUGCCACUGUGCCCCUGCUGGGCCGCUCGGGACUGCUGGGGGCACUGCGGAACAACUUGUUCACUGAUGUGGCGUGUGGCCGAGGGAAGAAGGCAGAUAGUACCUUCUGCAUCACAUCCUCUGGGCUGCUGUGCGAGUUCAGUGAUCGGAGGCUUUUGGAUAAGUGGGUGGAGCUGAGAAACACAGACAGCUUCACAACCACCGUGGCCUACUGCAUCUCUGUGAGCCAGGACUACAUUUUCUGUGGCUGUGCUGAUGGUACUGUGCGCCUCUUCAACCCCUCUAACCUGCACUUUCUCAGUACCCUGCCCCGACCCCAUGCCUUGGGGACAGACGUUGCCAGCGUCACUGAGGCCAGUCGCCUCUUCGCUGGAGUGGCCAGUGCCAGGUAUCCAGACACCAUUGCCUUGACCUUUGAUCCCACUAACCAGUGGCUGUCUUGUGUGUACAACGAUCACAGCAUUUAUGUUUGGGAUGUGAGGGACCCCAAGAAAGUGGGCAAGGUGUACUCAGCUCUGUACCAUUCUUCCUGCGUCUGGAGUGUGGAGGUCUACCCAGAAGUGAAGGACAGUAACCAAGCCUGCCUUCCCCCCAGUUCCUUCAUCACUUGUUCCUCAGACAACACCAUCCGCCUGUGGAACACAGAGAGCUCCGGGGUGCAUGGCUCCACCUUGCACCGAAAUAUCCUCAGCAAUGACCUCAUUAAGAUCAUCUACGUGGAUGGGAACACUCAGGCCCUACUGGACACUGAACUGCCCGGAGGGGACAAAGCUGAUGGGUCCCUGAUGGAUCCCCGUGUGGGCAUCCGUUCUCUCUGUAUCAGCCCCAAUGGACAGCAUCUAGCUUCGGGGGACCGUAUGGGCACACUCAGGGUGCACGAGCUGCAGUCCCUCAGUGAGAUGCUGAAGGUGGAGGCCCAUGACUCGGAGAUUCUGUGCCUGGAGUACUCUAAGCCAGACACAGGUCUGAAGCUGCUGGCAUCAGCGAGCCGGGACAGACUGAUCCAUGUGCUGGAUGCUGCACGGGAGUAUAGCCUACAGCAGACCUUGGACGAGCACUCGUCCUCCAUCACUGCUGUCAAGUUUGCAGCCAGUGAUGGGCAAGUCCGCAUGAUCAGCUGUGGAGCGGACAAGAGCAUCUACUUCCGCACUGCACAAAAGUCUGGAGAUGGAGUACAGUUUACACGGACACAUCACGUGGUACGGAAGACAACCCUCUAUGACAUGGAUGUGGAGCCCAGCUGGAAGUACACGGCUAUUGGCUGCCAGGACCGAAAUAUUCGGAUCUUUAACAUCAGCAGUGGGAAGCAGAAGAAGCUGUUUAAAGGGUCACAGGGUGAGGAUGGCACUCUGAUUAAGGUGCAAACAGACCCCUCAGGGAUCUACAUUGCCACCAGCUGUUCUGAUAAGAACCUCUCCAUUUUUGACUUCUCCUCAGGCGAGUGUGUGGCCACCAUGUUUGGCCACUCAGAGAUUGUCACUGGCAUGAAAUUUAGUAAUGACUGCAAGCAUCUCAUCUCUGUGUCUGGGGACAGCUGCAUAUUUGUGUGGCGCCUGAGCUCUGAGAUGACCAUCAGCAUGAGGCAGCGCCUGGCAGAGCUGCGCCAGCGUCAGCGAGGGGGCAAGCAGCAAGGACCAUCCUCUCCCCAAAGGACUGCUGGAUCCCAUCGGCACGAGGCCCCAUCGAUGCUCUCUUCUGGACCAGCUCUCUCGUCAGACAGUGACAAGGAGGGAGAAGACGAGGGCACUGAGGAAGAAGAACUCCCAGCUCUGCCCAUCCUUGCCAAGGGUACCAAGAAACAGCCAGCCUCGGUGCCCAACCCAGCCCUGCCUCGAAGCCUGUCCCACUGGGAGAUGAGUCGGGCACAAGAGACUGUGGAAUUCCUGCACCCAGCUCCCGCAGCCAGCCAAGGACCCAGAAGAAGAGGGCGCUGGGCUCAGUCAGAUGUAGAGCUGAGUGUUCGUUCCAUGCUGGACCUGCGGCAGCUAGAGACACUGGCUCCCAGCCCUAGGAACCCUAGCAGGGACUCUCUGGCCAUGAUCCCAUCUGGUUCAGGGAAGCAUGGUCAGCAAGCCCCUGGGACCUUACACACUGUCCAGAAUGAAAAGCCCCCUCAGCCUCAGGCUUCCCAACCCUGUUCCUGCCCCCACAUUAUCGGAUUGUUGUCCCAAGAGGAAGGGGUCUUUCCCCAAGAUCUGGAGCCUACACCCAUCGAAGAUGGUAUUGUCUACCCGGAGCCAAGUGACAGCCCCACCUUGGAUACCAGUGAAUUUCAGGUGCAGGCACCAGCCCGAGGGACUCUGGGAAGAGUGUACCCGGGCAGCAGGGUCUCAGAGAAGCACAGCCCUGACAGUGCCUGCUCUGUGGAUUACAGCAGUAGCCGCCUUUCCAGCCCUGAGCACCCCAAUGAAGACUCUGAGAGCACGGAGCCCCUGAGUGUGGAUGGCAUUUCCUCAGACCUUGAAGAGCCAGCUGAGGGUGAUGAGGAAGAGGAGGAAGAGGAAGGAGGCACUGGCCCCUAUGAGCCGCAGGAAGGCAGCCCCUGUACCCCGGAUCAGGAGCAGUUUCUAAAGCAGCACUUUGAGACUCUGGCCAAUGGGGCUGCUCCAGGGGGCCCAGUCCGGGCACCGGAGAGGACAGAGUCUCAGAGCAUCUCUUCACGAUUCCUUUUGCAAGUGCUGACGCCCCCACUCAGGGAACCAUCCCCAUCUUCCUCAAGCUUGGCACUGACGUUGAGGCCAGUCCAGGUGCCGCAGGUUUCUGGUGAGCAGCUGAGAGGCAGUGGUACUAAUCCUCCAGGAGCACCCCCAGAGGUGGAAGCCUCCCCUGGGAACCCUGGCCCCCAGCAGGCAGCUUCUGUGCUGUUGCCACGACGUCGUCUCAACACAGACAGCAGCUGGACCCCCAAGAGAGUGGCCACCACCAGCCCCUCAGGUGGACUCCAGAAAGCCCAGUCCGUGCAGAGUCUGGCAUCACAGGGUGGGGCUCUUCCACCAGGCCCGUUACUCUUACCGGAGAUGGAAGCCCAGGAGGGCCCGAGUUCCCUGCCCCAGGCUAAUGGUCGAUUGUCUCGGCCCCACUCCUACCAGAACCCUACCACCAGUUCUAUGGCCAAGAUAUCCCGCAGCAUCUCUGUUGGGGAGAACCUGGGUCUGGCAGCUGAAACUCAAGCUCCUGUCCCCAUGCGGGUCUCACCACUCAGGCAGCUGGCCCUGCCCAGCCGGGCUCACCUGGUCCUGGACAUUCCAAAGCCACUACCUGAUCGUCCCACCCUGGCCACAUUCUCACCUGUUACCAAGGGCAGGGCCCCUGGUGAGGCAAAACGGCCUGGCUCCCCAGUGGGCCUAGGAAAGGCUCACAGUACAUCUGAGAGGCGAACCUGUUUAGGGGAGGACACCUCUCCCAGGCUUAGGACAGAGUGCCAGGUUCAGCCUGGGCCCAACAGCCCUUGUGCCCAGCACCCGUCAGUUGGCAGCCUCCUCCAAGGCCCUGAGAACUUGCAGCCCCCAACCCCUGAGAAGACUCCCAGCCCCGUGGAGUGCAUCAGGCCAGGGGCAGCCCUAAGCCAGGCCUCAGAACCAUUGGUGAGCCUGGAGCAGUGCGAACAGCUUGUGGCAGAGCUCCAGGGCAGUGUGCGCCAGGCUGUGCAGCUCUACCACUUGGUGGCCAGCUGCAAGACACCCUCAGUGGAACAAAGUCGCAUCACCCAGCUUCUCAGAAAUACCUUCUCUUCAGUGCGGCAGGAGCUAGAGGCCCUGGCUGGCACUGUGCUGUCCAGCCCGGGCGGGAGCCCUGGGGCCGUGGGAGCUGAGCAAACACAGGCCCUGCUAGAGCAAUACUCAGAGCUACUGCUUCGAGCUGUGGAGCGUCGCAUGGAGCGCAGACUCUGAAUUCCAGAAGCCUGUCUUAAGUGAAUGCUUCCCCUGUUCCAGCCCCUCCUCCACUCCCUGAAACCUGUGGGGAUGCUUGGAGUGGAUAACAGUGAUCAGUGCUCAGAGGGGAAGCAAUUUUCCCAGCUGCUCCUCAUGGGGCCCCUGUAUUUAUUAAUUUAUUUCCCUGAUUGUUGCCUCACUUGGAACUCCUGCCUCCACAGCCUGUCCAGUGGCUCAUGCAGGGGUUACGUCUGAGUCUUUGUCAUCUUGGUGCUGUGAAGAGUAGGAGGGCGGCCUGCCCCCUCUGGGGGAGAUCAGGAAGGGCUGGCCCUCUGUCUUCUUAGAAGCCAUUUGAAAUUACUGCAGGGAUCAGCUCCCCGGGGUGGAGCACACACACAGGGUAUUUAGUGGGUAGAGGUGAGUGAUAAUGUGGCAUUCAGUGCCCUUCAGCCAACAGCGGAGCAGAGCCUCUCCUCUACCUCCACUUCCCCUCCCACACCAGCUGCACUCCCCUGGCUGCCGGAGCAGGGGUUAUCCAUUUUCUCCAAUUCCUGGCAGUUCAGAAAGGCAGAGCCCUCUGGCCCUCCGGGGCAUUCCCAGCCAUUAGGUGUCUUGAAUUUGUAUCAAGGCCCAAGCCCCCACAUUCCACUCCCAUUCCCUCUCCAAAGAGGGCCCUGACAUUGUCUUUCAACCUGUGCCCCCUUUCCGUCCUGGCCAGAACUUGUAGAGCCAGCUGGGGGACAUUGCUGCAGGACAGUAAAGCCCUCUGCUAGGCAGACAUGAAGCCCUGGCUCCUUUCCUCAGCCCUUUGGUUUUCACUAUCCUCCAACCCUUAGUCUUGGUCCCCAGCAGGCUGCUGGAGCCUAGAGACCAUCUGCUCCCUGCAUCUGAGUGAUGCUCAGUCAGAAGCCUGUAUUGGAGUUUCCCUCACAGUUUACAGGGCACUGGCCCACUUUCUAAAGACCUUAGCCACAGAUGAAAUCUCUCACAUACGCACCCCAAUUGCGUGUUCAUUGCUAGUGUUCUUGGCUGAUGGAUGUGUGCCUGGUUUCCUCUCACGUCCUGCCCCAGCUUCAUCACCUUGGCUCCUGUGGAAUGCCAAUGAAGAAGCAUGAAAGGGGUAGAACACACUGACCCCCGAUUCUGGAUUCUUGGUGUCCACAGUUUAGGAGUCCACAAUCUAGGCCCAUAGGGUACUUGUUUGUGGUAGAAGGAGUCUCAUCAAAGGCAGUGCUGGGCACCCAGGGUACUCUGGAUAUUGGAGUACGGGGAGGGAGGCACGUGGGUCUGCAGGAGGGGCCAAGAGACACACCAGAAAGGUGGUUAAGAGGGACAGGUAAGUGGUGGAGGUGAGGGGAUAGAUUAGAAUUAGAAAGGCAGUUCGGUGUCUCGGGAAGGAGGCAGGGCACGGUGGGCAGGUAGAGUAGAAUCAAGUAGUGAAGCAGUUAUGAGUUGGGGUGAAGAAUGUGUCUCUGGGCCCUACUGCUUCCCUCUGCCUCUGGUAAGGCAGGGCAGCUUUACUAUUUAUAGCUCCAGGCCACAAAAGCCCAUUCUCCUCCCAAAGAUAGGUUUUGGGCCCUGCUGGCUGAACAGGCAGAGGCUUAGAAAAAAGAAAUUGGAUUCUGAAGGAUGCCCAGCUGUUUGGCUUGGCCUGAUUGCACCUAAACAGAUGAAUCCUAUUUCAUCCCCACUCUACUAUCACCACGUGUAUGGCCAAUUGCAGAGAAAUUCUGGGCCCAAGAACUCACAGCCCAAGAAAUUCUUGAGGGUGGACUCCCACCCCCAAGGGCACACCAGCCACAGCCCACCUAGAAUAGGGCUCACACCAGGCUGUCUGGGCUGGGUUCCUUGUGAUCCUUGGCCAGCUCGUCCCUCACGAGGGAGCAAUACUCCGGCUAUGAUAGUGAGAAGGUGGACAGCCUUUUCCUACCCCCAGCCCAGAAGAGGUUUGUCUUUUGGCCAGGCUAGUGCCCGUUCCCUUCUGCAUGUCUGAGGCCAGCAAUAACUGCUGGCCCUGUCCAGAUUUUCCUACCCGGUUUUGAAAGCCCCUUAUUUAUAACUUUUUAUAUUUUGUUCAGGACCUGAUGCUUUCCUCCUCCCCAGGUCUCAAGGGGCAGGGGCUGUUUUUAACAUGUCCGUUUGUAUUGAUGUAUGAACUGGUCAAUAAAAAAAUCGUUUGUUAACUCUGGGACGCCA